AUGUUCCUUUCUGGAGCUGGCGCUGAGCCAGAGCACGAUCAAAAGACGUACAACCACGAUGUGCACGAAGAUUUCAACCCCGUCACGUCGGACACUGUGCUCAAGGACCAGGAAGGACAUGCCAUCAACUCGACCGGACAAGAUGGUGUCAAGAAAGCUCAAGCAACUACCAUUGUCUGGAGCCGUAACGCUCUGCUCGUGGUCUACGCCUUGAUCUUCCUGAUCUUCUUCAUCAACUCCUUCCAGCAGCAGACCAGCAACAACCUGGUCGUGUACGUCACCUCAAGCUUCACGCAGGUGUACCUCAUCCCCACGGUCGGCAUCGUGUCCACGAUUGUCGCGGGUGUCAUCAAGUUGCCCGUCGCGAAGUUGAUGGAUAUCUUCGGACGACCGCAAGGUUAUGUCUUCAUGCUGACAUGUGCCGUUCUUGGAUUGGUCCUGAUGGCGGCGUGUAAUAACAUCACGACCUAUGCCGCUGCUCAAGUCUUUUACUGGGUUGGCUUCAACGGGAUUGGAUACGUCCUUGAUGUGUUCAUUGCGGAUACAUCGUCUCUGCAGUGGCGAGCCCUGCUGUUUGCAUUCACAACCUCUCCAUACAUCGCGACGACGUUUGCCGGCCCUGCUGCUGCGCAGAGCUUCCUCAGGACGAGUGGAUGGAGAUGGGGAUACGGCGUCUAUGCCAUCCUCGUGCCAGUCAUCUCCGCUCCAUUCCUAGCAGUCUUCUGGUAUAAUCAACGCCUUGCACGAAAGCAGGGCAUCUUGGUACCCGCGAGAGAGGCUUCUGGACGAACGUGGACGCAGAGCCUGGUCCACUACUUCAUCGAGUUCGAUUUCAUCGGCAUCCUCCUCAUCUGCGCGGGAUUCUCGCUCUUCCUCCUGCCGUUCUCGCUCGCGACGUCAUCUGCUCAGCAAUGGCGUUCUGGACACAUCAUCGCUAUGCUUGCCGUUGGCGUCGUCUUGCUCAUCGCCUUCGGGGUCUGGGAGAAAUUCUUCGCCAAGAAGCCGUUCUUGCCAUUCCACUACCUGACCGACCGGACUGUGCUCGGUUCAUGUCUCCUGCCGAUGACGACCUGGAUCAGCUUCUACUGCUGGGAUGGAUAUUUCAAUCCAUACCUCCAAACCGUGCACAACCUUAGCGUCACCAACGCCGGGUAUGUGGCCAACAUUUACAACCUUGGCUCCUGCUUCUGGGCUCUGAUUGUAGGUGUUCUGAUCCGCUACUCUGGACGGUUCAAGUGGAUUGCCCUUGCUGCAGUCCCGUUUGAGAUCCUCGGGACCGGGCUCAUGAUCCAUUUUCGAGAGGCGUCCUACGGGAUCGGCUACGUCGUCAUGACACAGAUCUUUAUUGCAUUUGCAGGUGGUACCCUCGUAAUAUGUCAAGAGAUUGCGAUAAUGGCCGCCGUGGGACCAGCAAACAUUGCUGUCGCUCUGGCUCUUCAAGGAUUGUUUGCCUCCGUUGGGGGUGCCAUCGGAAGUUCCAUCUCAGGCGCCAUCUGGACCAACACCUUCUACAAGUAUCUAGUGGCCAACCUGCCACAAGAGACUGUAGCGAACGCGACCGUCAUCUACUCUUCGAUCACGAGCCAGCUGCUCUAUCCACCAGGCGACCCAACACGCAUCGUGAUCGACGAGGGUUACGUUUAUGCGCAACAGUACAUGUGCAUUGCUGGGACUGCGAUUCUUUCGUUGUGCUUUAUCUGGGUGUUGAUGUGGAAGGACUAUCAAGUGAAGGACUUCAAGGCGCCGCCGGGUGCGAAGGUCUUUUAA